AUCGGUUUCAAGGCGGAAUGGGCGAUUACCAUCUGGGUAAAUAAGGACGGGAGUAGAUGUGAAGCAAUGUUUCAGCUGUUCAAAGGCCUCGUUCCUUUCGCGAGUCCAUUCAAAUGGUACAUCCUUCUUUGUGAGGUUGUUGAGAGGUCGGGCUGUGGUAGCAAAGUCCUCGAUGAAUCUGCGGUAGAAGUUUCCAAAGCCAAGGAAGGACUGUACUUCUUUCAGGUUCUUCGGGGUUGGCCAGGCGGCGAUUCCAUCGACCUUGACUAG